AGUUAGAAGAGAGUAGACAAUCGUACGCAUCCAUGUUCAGCGAAUGCACCUGUGCCCACUAAUCAUCAUGAAAAAGACAAGCUGGAAAACUAUAUAGACGUUGCAUGGGACAUUUAUUUGUAUUAGAUUUCAAAACACUGUUACAACACGAGUAGUACGUGGCUGAAUUUAACCUUCGGCAUCUAGCAGUUUCUCCGGCAAAUUCUAAAGACACCUUUUAAGUAUAGUGACGUUGGUAUGGACCACUUCUUUCCAGUUGCACGCCGACACCGACGACGCCUGGACGUUGGACAGAGGUCUGACAAAAGCUGACCGGAAUACGCAGAUGUUUGCCUUACUUUGGUUAACUAGGUUCACGUUGUUUCCGUUCUCCAUCAACACAAGAAUCAGUAGAACCCAUUCAAAGCGAGGAAAUGCAAGCCAUCGAGUUGACUCCGUUGAUGAACAAUGUGUUGGCAACCGAUUUGGAAUGCACCGUGACCGAUGUGGUGGAAGCUAAUGAGAGCCAACGUCGAGUUCCUUCGUCCAACAGUUUGGCUUCUCUCUCCGCAAUGGAAUCGGCUCCACGCAGCAACCGACCAGAAGAAAAAGAAAUGGUGGCUUCCAUUCGGGUGUAUGAACCGGAUUGUGAUGCUGGACUGUUUGAGACAUCGCUCCAGCUAAACAAAAACAAUCAACGUCGUGCGUCUGUUCAGAGACUGGGACACACUGUGGAACAGGAUGAUGCGUCCGUGGAAAUGAUGGAAAAUAAGACUACGAGUCGCAAACGAUAUUCGUUUACCCGCUGCAACAACGUUUCACAUUUUCGACGAUUACAGUCCACUUCACGAUGCGGGACACGCGAUGGAACUCCCAUGCCCAGCACGUUGAACGUGGCCACUGUUCCGCAAACUUUAUCUAUCCGAUGGAAAGAACGUGGAGACAACGCAUUGCUGACGGUUAUCAGCGCCCUUUAUGCCAAACUGUUGGUCGUCAUGGGUCUGGCCUUCCCCAUGACGGAGGUAAUCUCCAAUCACGUACCAUCGUUUUCAUAUUUGGGAUUUUAUUUGUACCUUUAUUUUGGUUCCAUCGCCUACUUCCUAUUUGUUUUCUUCACCAUGUUGAAAAAUCGGGCAGCCAAGGGAAACCGUUACUUUGGAUGUGGAAGUAUCAAAUCGCCCAAAGUGUUGGAGCUCAAAGACAUGACGGAUUGCUGCUCGGAAGAAUCUCCGCCACGGGCCAUGGGGAAAAUGUCCAGUCAACAUUACGGAUCAUUUUAUCUACGCAUUGGAGCAGUCGCUUUCGGAGUGGGAUCGAUGAUUUACUCCGGAUUGGAAUUCGCGCAGUAUUUCGAGACCGAUCCUGGAAGUAAAUGCCAUAACAUUUUAAUGGCAGCCACGCCCGCUGCCCGAAUGGUAUUUACAUUCAUUCAGAUGUACUUUAUUUUCCUGAAUGCAAAGAUGGCGGUAUACUGUAAGCCACGAGCCAUUGCUUAUUUCGGCUUGAUGCACAUCGUAGCCACUAAUCUGUGCGUUUGGUUAAACGUCAUCAUCGAAGAAACUAAACACGAGAUUCUUCACCAGUUUUCCAAUCAUGACUCCGACUCUAGCGGACAUCACGAUCAGAGCUCAUCUCAAAAGUCUUCAGCAACGGUCGUAAAGCGACACGCCGAGGCUGUUUUCGAGUAUACGGACACGGUUGGAGAUUCUUCGCUUGUGGAUGAAUGCAAACGAUCUGACAUGAUGGGCAAUGUCGUGCAAGAUGCCAGCCAGUUCCUUUUUCCAUGCGCUAUUGAAUACUCGCUGAUUUGUGCCGCCAUUCUUUACGUCAUGUGGAAGAAUGUCUCCAUGGACGAUAACGAUGAAAUUUACAAGCGGAGCAAUUCCGGCGGAUCGGCUGCGGGUCGACGUUCGCGACACCAGUACUCGGUUGAUUGUGCCAAAGCUAACAAGGGCCUGUUUGCCGGCAUUUUCAUCCUGGUCGGCACCAUUAUUAGCCUCGUACUCUUCUUCGCCUUGAUAAAUAAUCCGAAUUUUCGGGCGUUGGCCAUCAUGGAAGUAGCCGUCUCUCGAUUAUUGCUCUUCUGCUUGGCAUUUUUUGCCACCCUGCUCGGCAUUUUUCAGAUACGCGAACUGGAAUUCGAUUCUUCACGUCAUUUCGGAUUGGACGCCGUACUGUUGGUGGUGGCUCAAAUUGGGUUAAUGGCGUACAAGUUAUUCACGGUGAUCGCUUGCUGUUAUUCGGUGAAGACGGAAGAUGAUGAAAAUUCAACUCUGGUCCUAUUCAGUGCCCUUGCCGCUCUUUUCCAAGCAGUGACGCAAACCUUAUUCAUUCUGGACGCAUCGAGACGUCACACUUACACGGCCGAUCAGCAAUCCCGGAAGCCUGGGCGUGAAGUCGUGACUUUCCUAUUGAUGUGCAACUUUGCCAUGUGGACGGUCAAUACGCUGGAAAAGUCUAGGGCGGACGCGAAUCCACUGCAGCUGGAAUUUUUCGGGCUUUGGCCGUGGAUCAUCAUCAUGAAUGUCAGUAUGCCUCUGACCAUUUUUUAUCGAUUUCACUCCACCGUAGUCCUCUGCGAAAUAUGGAAACGGUGCUACAAAGUCAAGCCUGAUUUUAUUUAACCUUUUUUUAGACUUGUAUACUGUAAGAAUUGUUUUUAUCUGACUAAUAUACUUUGUACCAUCAUCAUCCCCGUACACCUGUUCAUUACAUAUGUCAUAUACUCCGUACCAUUUUCUAGCCGUCGCCAAUAGAGACAUGUUUCAAAAAUCGUUAAUUAUAAAUCUAGCCUUCCCUGUAAGUGAUGAGAGUGGCAUUAACUUACCGAGUGCAAACAUGUGUUCGAUUGUGGUCUUUCGCGUCAUUGGCUUCAGUGUAUAACUCGUAAUCCAUGUAAACUACAUAGAUGAAUGCCAUCUGUAUUCUUGCCCAACUUCAAUUGUCUCUUGAAUUUUCUGCACAUUUGGCCUACGUCUGUUGCAUUACUUUGCUGUUCUUGUUAAACUUUUCAAUUAUUCUCAUCCUAAUAACCCAUGCGUACUUUUUUGUGUCUUCUUUAAUUUUUGCCCAAAUAUUUCAGUUUGUCUAAUAAUAUAUGUCAAGCUGAUCACAGCAGUAUUGUUAGCAAAUGAAUACAGAUAAAUUACAUAACUACGCCGAUGAA